AUGAGUUACGAAUAAUCUGCUUUAAUUGCUACUGGAACAACAGCUGCUAUAGUUGGAGGAGCUUAAGCAGGUAUAACUGCUGCAGGAUUUUCAUCAAUUGGACCUGUAGCAGGAAGCCUUGCUGCAGCAACUUAAGCAAGUAUUGGAAAUGUUGUUGCAGGAAGUGCUUUUGCUGUUGUUCAGGGUGUGGCAAUGACAGGAGUAGUAAGCACACUUUUAUUACCUGCAACAAUUAUUGGAUUAGGGGCUGGAAUAUUCAGUUUCAUUUUUAAAUGA